AUGGCGUUUAAGCUCGGGCGGUUAAAUCUGGGCGCCGUCGCGCAGGGGGUGGGAGGGCUCGUGUUCGGAAGCGGCGACGACCAGGAAGACGACUGCGGAGUGGAGCGGCUGCUUGAUCGCAUCAGCAAUGGGGUGCUCGCAGAGGAUCGCCAGUCCGCCAUGGCCGACCUGCGCGACGUCGUCACGGACAGCCCUGUCGCACAGCAGGCGCUGGGAGCCAUGGGUAUCCCUGUGCUUCUAUCUGUUCUGCGGGAGGACCGAGAAGACGUGGAUCUGAUUCGGGGAGCGUUAGAGGUGCUGGUGGCAGGGCUGGCAGCAGGGGCAGGAGGAGGGGGCGCGGAGCAGAGGGAGAGGGAGUGGGGGCAGCAGCAGCAGCGGGUGGCGCCAGGGGUGAUCAACUCGGAGCUCUUUGCGCGCGAGCCGCACAGCAUUGCUCUACUGCUGGCGCUGCUGGUGAGUCGCAGCAUAGGGAUGGGUGAGCUGGCAGGGCAACACGGGUGGGGGGGGGCAGGGCAUCACAAGGAGCAGGGGCGUGGGGCAGGGAAGCAGCAGCAGCGGGUGGCACCAGGGGCGAUCAACUCGGAGCUCUUUGCUCGCGAGCCGCGCAGCAUUGCCUUUCUGCUGGCGCUGCUGAUGAGUGGAUGUGAUGUGGGGGGGGGGGAGGGAGGGGAUGAGGGAGGGGGGAGAGGAGCGAGGAAGGGGGGAGAGGAGCGAGGGAGGGGGAAGAGGAGCAAGGGAGGGGGGAGAGGAGUGAGGGAAGGGGAAGAGGAGCAAGGGAGGGGGGAGAGGAGCUUGGGAAAGGGGAGGGGAACGAGGAGAAAGCAGAGGACGCAUGAUUACACGCCUGUUGAUCAUCCACCUCUCCUCCGUUCUCCACCUUUUUGGUCCAUCAUAUCUCUCCCUUCAUCCUUCUUCCCCUUCAUCCUUCUUUCCCCAUAA